UGCCCAGCUCGUCCAGGGCGACAUUAGUUUGGACUCCAAGCUCGACGCCGUCUCGAGUAUUGGGUAAUACCUCACCGCUGCCCCUCUUUUUUGAGACAUGGGAGAACCCUCGACCCGACUCGCCAUGGCGCCAAAACCGUGCGACAGAAGCCCACAAGGCACAACACCACAAUUUCCAGUUCCUUUUUCCUUCAGGCGUGCACUGUCAAAGACCGCCCAUCCUGCCAUCCAUGCCCCCGCCCUCCAGCCCAGGGCUAGGUACCUCCACUACCUAAUCAAUGCUCACACCCCCCUCUCCCCCGGGCCCUCGAAUACCUCCCCAGUCACCUACCGUACCAAUCAAUCACCCCCCCGGGCCCCCCUCCCCUCUCCCGUUCCCAUCUCCAUUAUUCUCCAGGGGCCCAUCCAUUAUCCAUUACGGAGUAUCCAUCCAUUUGUUGAAAUGCUACCGCUACCGCUGCCGCAUCGAGAGCUCUGAUCUCCCUUCCAAUGUUCUGUUGAUAGUAUUUUUUAUUUUUAUCUCUUUUAUACUUUUUAUUUUGUUUUUUCGCCUUCACUGCUCCUCCUUACCUCCCGGACAUUAGGUAGUACUAGGCUGGAAGACGGAUUGAGCUCGCGCCUACUUUACAGAGUACCCUUACCUACAACACAGCCAAUCCCUCCGAUCCCUCCAAUCCCUCUCUCCGAGUUGCACCUGAGAGGUGCAUCGGCAACACCGAGGCCUCUCUCUCCGUCUCUUUCUUUCUGUCUCUGUCUCUCUGUCUCCUGUCUCCUGUCUCUCGCGCGCGCGCUCGCCCGCUCUGGACGGACACCAGCAAUCAUUGUUUCUUGCUGCUUGACGGAAGCUUGGUUUCAGCUGCCGCUCUCUUCAAAACCAAGGCGGUGGCAAGGCUGAGGUGUCGAACCACUGGCCCUGUGGUUCAGCUGUUCAGGUCCUUGGUAGCCCCCAGGGACGUCAUCUCUCGAGCUCGAGUCGACCAUCAAUACGAGCAGAAACCAUGGCUGCCAUUCCCAUUCAGGCCCCGUCGUCGCGACACGGGCCAAGAGACACCAUGAACAGUGGGCCGCUACCGUCUUUAUCAGGCCGCGAUGGCGGAUUCCCUCCAGGUCCCUUUGCGCCCAUGUCCCAUCGCAUCCCAUUUAACGACAACCUCUCGCCCUCGGCUGCUUCGAAUCCCAUGGCGAUACGCAACAGAGACACCGACUUCGCACCUCCACCGCUUCCUCCACCGCGCCUGGUGCCCAUCAACGGACCCAUCGACCCAAAGGAGCAUCAAAAGUGGGAGGGAAUGCGGAAGCGCGACGCCAACUAUGACGGGAGCGUAGAUAGCGGUUUGGGCAUGAGCCCCCACGACUUUCGUAGACGCGACUCGGACUACGACGAGACAUACCACAGCUAUGGCUCCAACAGAUCUACGACCCUCCCAUCCUUCAGCGCAAUCAGCCAGACCAUGAAGAGCUUCCGUCCAAGCCACGAAGCCAUUGACAAUUCCAUGCUCAACAGGCUCAACAGGCCCACCAUACGCCGUUCCGGUCUCAGCACAUCCCACAACGAACUCCCACCCCCUCGCGCCCAUCACGCUGACCUUUCGACGCUAUCUCUUCCCCACAGGUCCAAGCAGCCCUUCCUCGAUAUCGGUUACAGCAGGUCCCCCAUGUCGGCUACGUCGCCUGGACCUUCGCCGUUUGGCCACCUGGGACCUAUGGAUUACCGAUCCCCAUUGAGUGCCACUGAUAGUACCGACCUUGAGCGUUCCCCGCGCUCGCACAGACUGUACAGCACACAGUCCAUGACGGACAGUGAAGGACCAGGUCUCUCGCACGGCGGGCAUGAUUACGAGGGGCGCGACGAGGAUGCGGAUUUUCCCAUGGAGGAAACUACGCGGAUGCGCAGGCUAAAAAUAGAAGACCCCUGGAGGGAAAGGGAGCGCGAGAGGGAAAGCUACCAGCCGGGUCAGAAGCGUCGUGCAUCGUCGCCCCCAAGCGACGAUGUGCCCAUGGCGAGCGAUUCUAUGCGGUGGCCUGGCCGGGAUGGGUCUGGCAUCUCGCGCGGAUCCCCCACACCCAGGCUGCUCUCUAUGCCUCAAAAUUCCACCUUGGGAGGCAGAUCCCCUGUGAGUCGCAGCGGAAGCUACAGCAGUAAUCUCACGACGAGUAGCAUGACGCUGGGCCGUCGUUCGCCGGGACUGAGCCCCAGCGGUCUCUCGCCGACAGAUCCGAUGAACUGCGGCAGCCCCUACGGCACACCACUCAGCAUGACGGCUGGCUCGCCCAGGUCGGCAAUCGGGAUGGGCCUGGGGCGGUCAGCGGCCGCUGCGGCACAGCAGCCGACGGGAAGAAUUGCGCUGGUCCCCCCCAGAAAGGUGGCCGAGAUGCCCAAAAACACCAAUGGGAGCAGCCUGGCCGCUAAGCUCAAGGGCCCUUACAUGUGUGAAUGCUGUCCCAAGAAGCCCAAGAAGUUUGAGACGGAAGAGGAGCUCCGCACACACGAGGCUGAAAAGCAAUAUGAAUGCACCUUUUGUGGAAACCGCUUCAAGAACAAGAAUGAGGCCGAGAGACAUCAAAACUCUCUACACGUGCGUCGGCAUUCUUGGUCUUGUUCAGCCCUGACGGGCUACGAGCGGGCCUUCCACGACAGCACGGCAACACCGGGUGAAGCCGACACGUGCGGAUACUGCGGGAAGGAGUUUGGACGCAACGGGCCAAACGCCAGCGUCACCGACGAGGACUGGGAGAAGCGGAUUCGCCAUCUCCAGGAUGUCCACAAAUUCCGCGAAUGCAAUGCCAGCAAGAAGUUCUACCGGGCCGACCACUUUCGGCAGCAUCUCAAGCACAGCCACGCCGGCACCAGUGGCAAGUGGACGAAUAUGCUCGAGAACGCGUGCAUGAUUGAAGAAGACGGUGUGAGUGUUGGUAGAUGA